AUGGUGGAUUUUGUUAGUGGUGCUUUUAAAGUUGCCCCUCAAGAAACCAAGUUCAUUACUACCACCCACCCCACCAUGUCUACAUCUUCAUUGCAAAAUUACAAGGAUUUGGAAUCUUCUAAAGAGAUUAAAUCUUCGAGGAAAGUAGCUUGCCACCCUAUUCUGUACCCUUACGCUGUGUUUUUCUGUCAAUACGAUGAGGAAUUGAGCGAGACUAGGGUUUUUAAGGUUUCGAUAGUGGGUGAGGAUCCUAAAGAUAAAAUCAAUGCGGCUGCUGUUUGUCAUAUGGACUCGGCUAGUGCUGCACUUCUUAACUUGAUGGACAAGCAAGGGAAAUCUCUGAUGUGUCAUUUCUGCUCGGCUGGGGAUCUGAUUUGGGUUCAGGGAAUCGAUGAUGACAUGAUGCACCAGUUCCCAAUGUUGCCCGAUGUUGCAAUAUAUAUAUAUAUAUAUAUAUUUGAUAUAAUGAAAUCUGAUAAUGUUCCUGAAUCCUGA